AUGGCUCCAUACAAUGUUCGGUGGGGUAUUAUGGCUACUGGCUGGAUCGCUGACGUUUUCGUGCGCGAUCUCCUUCGCGACCCUAACCUUCGCGAUGCCUCCGACGUCUCUCACAGCGUCGUUGCGGUAGCAUCAUCAACAUCUGCAUCCCGCGCAGAGAAAUUCAUCGCCGACACAGGCAUCCCCGCAGAUCCAGCAUGCAAGGCGUACGCGUCCUACGCAGAACUCGUAGCAGACCCCAACGUCGAUGUUGUCUACGUCGCAACCCCGCACUCGCACCACUUCCAGAACGUCAUGCUCUGCCUGGAAGCAGGAAAAAAUGUCCUCUGCGAGAAGGCAUUUACCGUGAACGCCGCACAGACUCGCAUCCUCUGCGAAACCGCGGGGAAGAAGAACCUCUUCCUUAUGGAGGCCGUGUGGACGCGCUACUUCCCGCUCUCGGUGCAAGUUAGAGAGUUGAUCUCCAAGGGCGCCAUUGGCGAAGUGCUUCGUGUUACAGCGGACACAAGCUUGGGAUUUGAUGUCGAGACGACGUUUAAAACGGAACAUCGUAUGGUGAAUAAGGAUCUGGCAGGAGGAGCUUUGUUAGAUCUCGGCAUCUACUCUCUAACCUGGGUCUUCCAAACCCUCUACCACACCCUUCCCCGCGAGCAACGAAAACCUCCCUCGCGGAUCUCCGCCCAUAUGACCCCCUACCACGUCACUGGCACCGACGAAGCAACCACCAUCCUCCUCAGCUUCCCGACCAGCACACCCUCCAACUCUUCUAAACCAGGCGAAUCCCAUGCCGUUGCCAUGACGAAUCUCCGUGUCUCGACGGACCCGGACCAGACUAACGCGGCACGCCCCGCAAUCCGGAUCCAGGGCACAAAGGGUGAGAUCCAGGUUGAUGGGCCUGCGUUCCGGCCGGAGGUCUACCGGGUCAUUCCUAAGAAGGGCGAAGGUGAGAUCAAAGAAGUGAAGCUUACCUUCCCCACGGAUGGAAGGGGGAUGUACUGGGAGGCGGAUGAAGUGGCGCGGUGCUUGAGGGAUGGGAAGUUGGAGAGUGAGGGGUUGCCUUGGGAAGAGAGUAUUGUGAUGAUGGAAGUGAUGGAUGAGGCGAGGAAGCAAAAUGGGUUGGUUUAUCCGGAGAGGAUUGAGUCUACAGUGUAUCCUGCCGAGUUGUAA